CUUGCAUCAGAAACCCGCAAUACAAGCCACCGAACAAGCCAGUUAGAACAUGCCAGUGUAGUUGUAUUCAAUUCACAUAUUAUAUGUCCGAAAGCUAGCGACACCAUAAAAAAUGGGUAGAAACAGAAUAUCUAACCGAAUGCGAAAUUCUCAGAAUUUCUCUCAAAUCUGUGCCUGGCAGACCGUCCAGGACCGGUGUUUCUCCUCCCGAGACAGGCCUCAAGAGGAAGAGGGAAAGCGUCUUCCUCGGUUGCGGAGCAAAUAUUUCGCCCUGUAACUCAUACGUCGGGGAAAACUUCAUUGUUCAUCAGCUACAGUGGUUCAAAAUUCAUAAGCUCAUCAAUGACAUCGAUUCUGGUGGAAUAGCGUACUGCGAUUUCCUUUCAACUCGAGGUGUAAGCCGAAUGUCUCUCACGGAGGGUGCCGUGCGUAUACGAGAUGUGCCGAACGCGGGAGGGAACUCAGUUCUGUCGGAAGUGCUAUCCUUCGAACUGAUGAACAAGUGCUUUGCGGCUAGAUUAUUAAAGACUGAGAUGGAGGUGUCCUAUUUCCCCUGCGGGGGGUCCAUCACGGACUACGUGUGCGAGGUGUUCGGCCAGCGACUCGGAGUUUCCGUCACCCGAGCCAUGAAAUACAAGGGAGACUACUCCGAGGAGGACGCAUUACACCUACUGUGCAAGAAGUUAAAAGGGAUAGUACAGUCCAGCCGCAACACGUUAGAAAACUGGAGCAAACAGAUCUUGCACGUGUGGGCGACCAACAAGCAUGUGGCCAGGGUCGUUGAGAAAGCGUAUGAGCUGGUUCCGUAUGACCUGAGGGGAAACACCAUGGUCCUUGUCACCACGGCAACAGAGUCAAAGUUCAUCUUCCUCAACGCCAGCUGAGAGGCGGACAGAGACGCCUGUAGCGCCCCCACUACAUCACAUGCCAAGCAGCACGCGCGGAACACACCGAAGUUGGGCCCAGAACAUCGGGAAAUGUCGGCAGUGUUGCCUUCAAGCAGUGCAAGGUGGACUGCCGAGAAUGAGUCAGGAGACGUCACCUCUACUGCAGUUCCAACCAUGAUGGACAGAUCUCACUGAAGAAGGCUGAGCACAUGUUUACAUGAUCAAUAUAUGAGUCAAAAGAAAUUUGAGCCACUGUAGCAUCUAUCACAGUCGAUCAUCAAAAAUGUCACCGCCAUCAUCACCAUCACCAUCAUCAUCAUCAUCAUCAUCAUCAUCAUCAUCAUCACGUUCUCCCACCCCAUAGUGAUUAUCUGCAUACAAGUAACCGUUCUGGUUCGCCAUUUAUACCAUUAACAUAUACAUGUUACCUUGAAGCACAGCCUGGGUGUAUCAUCUCAAUAGCCUAUGUGAAUGAACACUUGUGUUUAUUUUCUUGUAAAUUAUCAGUGUACAUAUCGCUAAGGAAAAAACAUUUUGUUACAUGCAAGUUUGUUUGCUUCACAGCUGUAUAUAUACAGUAAAAAAUUUAAACGAGUUUAUCCUCUCGUUCGAUAACGACCUCGUGAGUAAUACUGUUUAAUUUUCGCCAUAAUACAUUCUAUGAAUAAAUAAUGGAAUGAAAACAAAUAAUCGAACAAAUUACAUUUAGAUAAUGGCCACAAUACCCUUGAGCACACUUUUACAUUGUCAAGUUCUGCACACUGUUAAACUGUUCACGUCAUAGGCUUCUGAGAUGAACCAUCUAUCAGUAAGUAGAUGAGGAGUUAUUUAUAAAUGGUCAGCAGAUUCCGUCAGUUCCCCCGGCUGAUGAUAGGGCACUGUUGUGGGAGGACAAAUAUACCAUACACCAUGACACCCAGCUUGUACAUAGUCAGUAUUAUACACCCCCUACAGCAGUAUGUGUAUGUGAUGUGCGCGUUAGUUGGAGUGUGUAUUUUUAUGAUUUGAAAGUUUUAAUAUAUGGCAUGAUUGAUGAACGAACCCCUUAUUAUAUUGAUGUUAAUCAUCAUCAGAUUUGUAUUUGUCAAUAUCAUGUUUGAAUGUUUGAUACACUGCUUUAUGAUCAAUGUGUGUUUAGUGUGAUGUUAAUUAUUGUCAGUUUUAUGUUCUAUUUUAUACUUUUAUAAUAAAUGUUUAAAAAAAGGGU